CAUCGAACAAAUAAUGCAUUCACAACGCACGAAGAAAGCAUCCAUUCUUAAUUAGAGUCCGACUAUCGAUCCUACUAUGACUGGGCAUGUCUACAGAUGAGCACUUGCUAUGCGAACGCCAGCCGAUCUGUCAUGGCUUCGACAGAAGAAGGGCUGUCGUCCGCAGGGCAAAUCUCAUCUGCAGCUGAUCCACACCCAGAUCACCCGGCCUGCUCCCAGCCACUGACCACCCAUCCACCCUUUCACUAUCCCAGUAAUCUACUAAUCAUCUGGCCACAACAGGCGGCCAUUAAGUCCCACGGAAAAAGGGUGCAGCAGCAGCCAGCAGCCCGCCUUAUCGUGUGUCUGUGCACAGAGGUGCUCUCUGCGUAUGCUCAGCGUGUCUUGGCUUUGUGCAGGAACGGUGGCAGCCAGAACAAGUAGGAGAUGACCGAAGCCGCACAGAAGGCCCAUCCCCAAGAAGGGCACACAUACUGCAGCCAGUGCAGGCAGGCAGGCACGCACACAGCCACAAGAAGGCGCGUUUCCCACCUGCCGUAAUGAUCACUGGCUGCUUGCUCAGCUUAGCUUACAUGUGGUGACGACAUGGCGUCCAUCAUGGUGACGGCCAGGAACCCCGCCCACACCCGCCAGAGCCACUGGUGGCGCAAGGGGACAAACGGCAUGGCACAGACGCCGAACAGCGCCACCGACAGCGUGCACAUCGACCACUCGGACGGCUCUUGCUGCUCAGGCUGCUUGACAGUGAACCUCAGCAGGGAGUGAUGCGGCCACACAUGGGUGUUCCUCGCCCACCUAUAAGCAAACCACCCAGAACACGACACUAUAAAGGCCGGCACACGUGUACGUAGCCUCGUUGCUGGCUUCUCACCAUCGGUAGGUUAGUAUCUCGGGCGUGAGGAGUGCAUGAAAUGUCGGCGCUUUCAGCAGGGCAAAGGGGAGCUGGCACGCCGAAAGGCAGAGGACGGCCACGUGUCCCAGCACCACAAGAGACUUGACAGUCUGCACACACAAACGGAGAGAAUGAAGACAUCCAACACACGCCACGAACCACGCAAGCACCUGCUUCCCCUCUCCCUCACCGUGUUCUGCCACAAUUGGGCGAGGUUGUCAGGUGACCGACAGAAGAGAAUCGCCCCCACCAGCAGCCCCCCGGCCGUCUGAGAUACCCGCCACAAGUGGUGCGACCCGCGAAACAGCAUCGGCAGCCACACGAGGCCCAGCAUGAGGAUGAUGGUGUGCCACCGCACUUCGAUGUUGAAGGGCAGCAGACGGGCGUAGGGGUUGUUGCGCAGCCCUUGCGGAUACACACGCUGAACACAUACAAACACGGGAGAAGGCAAUUAACUAUGCACAUCAGUCCGUGUCUGUCUGUCUGCUCGCUCACCGGGUUGUGCAGACAGAUGUAUGCCAGCAUGGCAAACAGCACCGUGUCGAAACCCGUCGAGCAAAGGCCCCCGAAGAGCCACACCUUGGUCAUCUGAGUCCCGGCCGCUAUCAACACCAGGUGCAGCAACGCCAUCCACUCGCUAGUGCCGGCAAUGUCGUACAGCCAGAAACCGACCCAGAAGCACAACAGCGGCGCCACAAACACCCAAUAAAACCACGAGUAGUCGGAAAAGUACGCCAGGGACGCUGCGAACUUCCACCACUUUGUCGCCAUGGGCGUGGUCUGGUCAACGCACACGUCGGCAUGGUCGAUGUGUAAGAGCCACACGACGACCAAGGACAGCCAGGGCAAGAGGCCGAGGAGCGUGGCGAUGAUGGGAAGCCGCCCGCUGCAGAUGUGGUAGUGGAUGAGGUGGCAUGAGCGCCAUAAGGUGUCGAAGGACAGCGGGCCCGGCAGCCCGGAUCCGUCAUUGAUGAUGUUCGGCGCCCUCUCGGCCACCAUCCACAGGCCCGCUCCAACAGCCACAACCACAGUCAGCGUCACAAGAUCUGCCAUCUGCGAGCAUCAAUCAAUAAAGCGCAGUUUCGCUGCGAAAAGCGGUAGAUCCCGAACAAAGCAACAGGGAACUCGUCUGUUCCCCUUUCUCUCCCUUUGAAAAA